CUGAGCCCGGCGCGCACAUGGGCGCUGCUGAGCUACAGCGCGCGCCGGGUCCGCCGGCAGAGACCGGCUCCAGCCGGUAUAAAAAGCUGAGGUCGAGAGUAGGGAAAUAGAGGCGACGGUAGCAGUUGGGAACGCCAGAAAAGCGGCUCGCCUGGCAGGGAAGGGCCAGGGAGUGGGGGUAGCGCGACAGCGACCCUCUGAAAGACCAAGCGCCCCCAGUUGGGCAUGGGGCAGCCUUGGCUUCGACAGCGCGAGCCUAGCGUUGGGUAGGGAGGGAGCGCCUUGCUCUUCUGGCCGAGCACAAGGGGUCUCUUGAGCCCGUAGGCGCCACCAGGAGUCGCCUCUGGCUUUUAAGGGUGCAGGGUUGUGCGUUGCACCCACCCUCCUCAGCAUGUUACUGACCAGGUCAUAGCCUAAAGCUGCACUUUCGCGGCGGCUGGGGAGGGGGGCUUUUCUUUCUCAUCUCUCUUCCCCCCAAGUUGCAGCAGCAACACCUUCUACUGACCUGAUCAAAAAUGACUGUCAAAGCUGCAAGAAUGUCAUGCAUCACUCCAAAUAUUUAUGAUAAAGUGCCUGAUGGAGGAUGGGGCUGGAUUGUGGCAUUUGCUUUCUUCUUUGUAGAAGCCCUGACUUACGGCAUCAUCAAGUCUUUUGGAGUCUUCUUUACAGACUUGGUAGAAAGCUUUGAUGAAACAAAUAGCAGGAUAUCAUGGAUAAUCUCAAUAUGUGUAUUUGUGUUAACUUUCACAGCUCCCCUGUCUACAGUCCUGUCUAAUCGUUUUGGUCACCGUUUGAUUGUGAUGCUUGGAGGGUUACUGAUCAGUUCUGGAAUGGUUGCAGGCUCCUUUGCACGCACAGUUGUUGAAAUGUAUAUUUCAAUUGGCAUAGUUUCAGGCUUUGGAUAUUGCCUUGCCUUUCUUCCAACCGUCACUAUUCUGUCACAGUACUUUGACAAAAAGCGUUCAUUAGUCACAGCAGUGGCUUCUACAGGAGAAUGUUUUGCUGUCUUCUCUUUUGCACCAGCUAUUACAGCUUUGAAAGAACACUUGGGUUGGAGAAACAGCCUCCUGUUCGUUGGCUUACUGCAGCUUGGAAUCACUGCUUGUGGAUCACUGUUGCGACCCAUCAUAAUCAAAGCACAGGAAGAAGUGAAAGUAUCACCAGCAGAAGAGCAGAGAGAAACAAAAUACAUGCUUGAAAAUGAGCAGACACGCACCUCAAUAGAUUCCAUUGACUCAGGAGUCGAAGUAACUACCUCACCUAGCAACAAGCAUCGAGAUGCCAAGUUGGAACUGAAAAGUGAAGAACCAAAGGAAAACACAGAGGUGCUCAUAGAAGCUAGUAGCAUCCCUAACAAGGAACCAAAAACUCAACUCCUGGACUUCUCUGUGAUGAAAGACUAUAGCUUUAUUUGCUAUGCACUUUUUGGUUUAUUUGCCACUCUGGGAUUUUUUGCUCCCUCCCUAUAUAUAAUCCCUCUUAGUAUGAGCCUUGGCAUUGACAAAGAUCGCUCUGCAUACAUACUGUCAGCAAUGGCAAUCGCUGAAGUCUUUGGCAGAAUCUGUGCUGGCUGGGUCCUCAACAAAAAGCCUAUCAGAAAAAUUUACAUUGAACUCAUCUGUGUCAUUCUGCUGGAUAUUGCCCUCUUUGCUUUCCCUUUUGCGUAUGAAUUUUGGGGGUUAAUGAUGUGUAGCAUCUUCUUCGGGUUUACGCUUGGAACUGUGGCAGGCACACACAUUCCUAUGUUGGCUGAAGACGAUGUGGUUGGUAUCGAGAAGAUGUCUUCUGCUGCAGGGGUUUAUGUAUUUCUUCAAAGUUUGUCAGGAUUGGCUGGACCACCUCUUGCAGGUAUGCUAGUGGAUACCACAAAGAACUACAAAUCUGCAUUCUACUCAUGUGCUGCUGGGAUGCUGCUGGCUGCUGUGUUCCUUUCUUUGGUGAGGCCUUGCAAGAAAGUACAGUGUCAAAGUAGGAAACAACCAGCAGAUGAGACUGUUUCAGAACCUUUACAUGAUGUACCAGAUGACUUUAUAGAACCUGACCUUGACAAAAGUGAGGAUUCUAUAAGAGGCUGUGACAGCAUAGCUUGAGUAAAAAAUACAUCUCUGAUCUGCCUUCUAAAAAAAUACACAUUAAAGGGAAUGUAAAAUCUUAAAUGUGAACAGAUCCUAUUGAUCCUUUCAGAAAGAUCAAUUAACUUCACAUAACUUUUGUUAACACAAUGCUUAGUUUCAUUGACUGACCACAAAAAAGCACUCCUAUCUUGUGUGAAGAUGCAGCUCAAAUUCCUAAUAAGCAAUAGAUAACAUAAAAAACAAAUAAGAAUAUCAAAUUUGUGGUGUAAAAACAGUUACUUUAAGGAAAAUGUAAAUAUUGGCCAUGUAACUAAAAUGGUCAUUUUAUCAUUUCCCUGCUGCCUACUAGCAUCUUCCACCAGGUAUCUUACUCUGUCAAACUAAAGCAGAGAUGAAAGAGAGUUUAUUUGGUAAAACCAGUUCUGAAUUUUAAGUUUUCUUACAAGGUAAAAUUUACUUUUUAAAAUAUUAAUUUUAUUAGAACUAAAGUAGGUUGGACUGAGUAGUAUACUUAGACAAUUAGCAUAAGGUUUUGUUUUUUAAAAAACUCACUUGAAUUUUAUAAAUGCUGGUAAGUUGGAGGUUAUCACUUUCACUUUUAUGGCCAGUUAUUGUUGCAAAUAUUUCAUUACAAGAUGCUUUCAUUCCAGUUUUUUUUUAAAUCUUAAGAGUUUUACUCCUCCUUAGUCACCAGACAAAUCAAUACUAUUGUAUCAUCUUUUUUUUAUUUAAACUAGUAUUUAUUAAGUUAUUUUAAGAGUAUUAGAGGGUGUCUCUUUGGGCAAAUUUAUUUUUUUAAGUUCUCCACAGUAUUUUCAAUGCCUGUCUUGGGUUAUGUAACAUUUUGAAUUUUUUUAGAAGGCAUUGAUUACAGUGAACGUGUUCUUUUGUUCCUGUUAAAAAAUAAAGCUUUGAGGUAACCUGUGCUUUAAAAAUAUAUAGUCUGGACCAUAGUUCUCAAACAUUAGGACUGUAGUCCCAACUGGGAGAAAGCUGUAUAAUUCUGAGCAUGGUUCCUCGUUUCAGUUAAAAUAUCAAGCAUAUUAGGCUUUAUAUUUACUUAGGACCAUAGGUGUAGUUAAAACCAAGCCUAUGUAUUUUGGGUAAAAGAACAGCUGGGAUAAAACGUAAUGCACUGGAUCUUUACUAUGUUUCAGUCAAAUCAUUAGUUUUCAUAAAGGGCCCGAUCCAUUGAUUUGUUGGGUGACAGGUGGGGAAUGGCUGUUGCUUGCAUCAGCUGAGAAUGUAUGUAUGAUUCAGACCAAUUAUUAAACGUGGUUAUUCUCAUCUGAGAACAUACACGGUUGCCAGGAAGCUCACUCAAACAGGAGGCAUGGCUUGUGUGAAAUGGGACCUUCAUGUGAGGAAGCUAAUGGCCCCUGCCAUUGAUCAGUUAACCCUCUUGAACACUGGUCAUCACAAGAAUGGCGGGGCCUAUAUGGGGCCACCCUUUCAUACUAUUCCCAUCAGGCCAUGAAUAUGCCAGCAGUGACAAUAUUACACAAGGGCAAAAUGUAUGAAUUGGAUGUUGAUGUCUCUUAAAUUGUCCAUACACAACAAUAGCAUUAAUCUCUGCAUUUGAAUAACUAAAACAGAGCAAUCGCUGUAGCAAAUAGAAAACAGCAAAGAGGGAGCAGUUUGAGUAUACAGCUAUAGAAAGUUUACAGUAUAACAUGCAUAUUUAAUAACUGCCACAGGCAUAAAAUUGUUUAAAGCACCACCCUGGAGGCUAAUCUCACUCCCAUGAAAGUCAGUUAAAUUUUUACCACUUGCUUCAGAGAGAGCAGAAAUGGACUACAUGGAUGGGAUUUUUCUCCAGUUUUCAGUGAAUUAUAUGAAAAGAAAGGGAAUUUUUAAAAGAAGGCAACACUAGCUGUUCAUUUACUUGCAACACAUAAUUAUCAAUGGAAACAUGAGCUUGCCUGCCCCUCUUUUAUGCAUUCUUUUUUGUCAAUAGACAACUCAGGGGGAAAAAGUUUUAAAAGGUAUGUUUUAAUUCUGAGUACAUGCAGUACAGGUGGACUGGUUCCUCUGUAAUUCAGUGAGAGUGGCAUUGCAUGCUGAUUGCGCUGUUAGAGUAUCUAUGUAUUAUGAGGGACAAUCUGGUUUGCAAUGUAGGCUUUUGCUUAAAGCUUCCUCUGCAAGGAAGGGGUUUUUUUAAAUGUAACCUGCUGGUAGCUGAAUUCAAAAUGCACAAGCGUAGGCCCAUGAUACUUGCUGGGGGCGGGGGAUUCCCUCACACACACACACUUUUGUCAAAUCUGCAUCCAGACCUGCGCAGCUGUCUGUGGGCCUGAUGCAACUCCUGGGCUGCACUGCCAAUGGCAGCAUGUCUAGUGAGUUAUGGCUGCGGUAGCAUUCCCAGAGUGUUUCCUGAGCUGUGGCAGCAUCCCCAGCAUGUGCUGCCACCACUGGACCCAGGGUGGAGCUGCAGGCUGGCAGACCCAGUGCAGGGUCCUGACACUACCACUGCCAAAAGUAAGUGCAUUCUCUGCAUUUGGGGGGACUUAAGCCCCCCCCCAUGUUUUUUUUCUGCAAACCCGGGGAGUGCCCUAAGUUUGCCAAAAAAUCUGUGUGGCUCCAGUCCAUAGAUUUAGCUACCUGAAGAUGGGGGCCACAAAUGGCUAAUAGUAUAUGGAUUACAUCCUUGCAGUUUCAUAAUGUUUAGGACUUCUGGCUGUCACCCCAACAUAUGUAUGGGGAUGCUUGUGGCUUUUCAGUGGCACAUACACUUGACUUAAGUGUCCUUAAUAUCAAAGUCAGUGACCAUAAGCAUACUUAUUUGGAAGCAUGUUCAGCUACUGUCAUCUACAUCCAGAGCUUCUUUAUAUGUCCAGAACAUCAGAAAAGGUGCUCGUGUCCAAGUGGCUUUAACAAAUCUGUACUCCCUGACUGCUUGAGAACUAUGGAGAUCAUGUUGCAGUUUAGUGUUCUUUGUAUACCUUCAGCACUUUAUCACCUACAGUAGAACUUUGAUAAAUUGCACCAGUAACUAGAAGACAUACCAUCUUCUCCAAAGGUGGCUGGCUUGUCUUUCACUGAAUUGAUGACUAAAUGAACAAGCAUGAGAGUGUGUUCCCAAAAUUGUGAGGUUUAUUUGACAAACUUCUAUUCACCAUUAUACCUUUAGCAAAGCAGUAAAUAUACUGUAUAUGUUAACUGUAAAAUUAAUGUAGUCUCAGUAAUACAAGACAGUAUUUUUACUACUAUAACUGUACUGAGGAUAUUGUGGUGAGGAGCAUAUUACAUGAAAACCAUACCUGUCCUGCAGAUUAACGAGGUUCUACUGUAAUAUUUUACAAGGAUUUCCAAUACUAAAUAAUAAUGUAUGUAACUGACUGCACAAUAUUACUGUUUAUGUACAUACCACAUCAGCAUGACCAAGAAUGUGUGUCUGUGUGCACAAAAGACCCAAAACCAGGAUUAAACAUGGUCACAGCAGGAUUGCUGGAUUGUUCUGUACUGUAAUUAGUGAACUCUGGAAGUGCUACCAAACAAGAGUUUUGCAAUAAACCUUUUUAAAGAAAA